AUACAUACAGCAGUUCAAUAAUCGUCAUCUUUGUGCUCCGUCUUUGUGUUACCAAUAAUGGCCUUCGUGAAUGCUAAAUAUAUUGCAGCAAUUGACUUCGGAACAUCUAACGUUUCUUUAGCUUACUAUAUCGAGGAAGAAGGCCCGGAUUGCACUUUACUAUCUAUAAGUGAAAAUGAAAAGCGUUCGCCAACAGCAUUGCUUCUGGAAAAUAAAGGAAGCCCUGAGUUUCCAAAAUAUGAAGUCGUGGAUAUUGGAUCAGCAGCUCAGGAUAUAUAUAAAGACCUCACUAAUGAUGAAUAUCGUUCAUAUGUGUACUUUGAAUGUUUCAAAAUGGAACUAAGGCCACAAAACAAAGAAAUUUCCAAACAAAUGAAGGUAUCAUCCAUUGAUGGGGCAAAUUUUUACCUUAUCGAAGUCAUAGCAUUUGUGCUGGCAAAGUUAAAGUUAAAGUUUGACGAUGAGUUGGAGGUCUCUGAUUGCACUAUAAAAGAAGGAGCAGAAACUAGACCAUUGAAAGCCACAGAUUUCUCAUGGGUGAUCACUGUUCCAGCAAUAUGGCAUGAAAAUGGAAAGCAAAUAAUGAGGGAAUCUGCUUAUAGGGCUGGUUUAUUAAGUUCAGAAGUACCUCCAAUUGAUACUUUUACUCCAAUAACAUGUGACCUAAAAGAAGUUGAAAUGUCUGACUGUGCACACAAACUUAUGCUUGCCCUGGAACCAGAAUGUGCUGCUCUUUGCUGUCAACAGUUGAAGAGUAGUGAUGUGGCAAGUUAUUGCAAACCCACAGGAGAUGUUACAUCCUUCAGCUAUAUGGUAGUUGAUAUUGGUGGUGGUACUGUUGAUGUAGCUAUUCAUACUCUUCAUUCUAAUAAAGUUGAUUCUAUUUUGCCACCAACAGGUAAUGUUUGGGGAGGAAUGAAAGUCAAUCAUGAAUACUCCAGAAUGUUGCAAAGUAUUGUAUGUGAUCCUCAAUUUCAAAGAUUUUGCACCACUGUUUCGCAUCAUGAAACAAGUCACAAAGUACUAGCUAAUAUGCACAUCAGCCUUACCUUUGAAGAAAAGAAAAAGAGUUUUUGUAAAUUUCAUAAUAGCAGUUUGUCUGAAAAAAAAAUUAAUAUAAGAUUACCUAACGAAAUGAUAGAUUUUUAUGGUGCUGACAGCAUUAAAAAACAACUUAAAGUUCAAUAUAAUGAUAAAAUACAUUUAGAUGGUAAUGUUCUUGUUAUAAAGCAUCCAAUAACAGAAGAGCUGUUUGCACCAUCAGUAGAUGGAAUUUCUGAUUGCAUAACAUCAGCAUUAAAAGAUAGUCAAGAAACAGUUGACAAAAUUUAUCUUGUUGGUGGUUAUGGGGGAACUUCAUACAUCUUCCAAAAAAUUAAAGAGAAAGUUGGAAUUCCCAUAAUUGUACCAAAAGAAUUCACACUAGCAGUAGUCAAAGGAGCAAUUCUUUUCCGAAAAAGUUUAAGUCUCAACAUCAUCAAAAGCCGAAUUAGCUCUGCCAGUUAUGGGGUAGAAGCUAUAGUAAAGUAUGACCCCAAACAGCAUGACAAGUCUCGGAAGAUCUAUGACUUAUCCCGUGACACUACAAUUACCCCAAACGUAUUUUACACAUUAAUAAAAAGGAAUCAAAUUGUUCUCUGUAAUGAGGUGAUGGAGUUACAAUCAUUCGCUACUCCAUUUGAUACAACAAAAGAUAUUAUUUUAGUAGACAUAUAUAAGACUUAUAGAGAUGAUGUGGUUUACACAAAAGAUGUGAAACGCAAUCCUAACCCAGGUGUGAGCAUGAUUGGGUGUAUCAAACUAAAAAUACCCCAUUCUCAAAUUCCACUCAAGGAUCGUACUAUUUCUUUGUUUUUGAAAAUUGGUGGAACUGAAUUAAAUGUGAAAGGAGUAUAUGAUCCAACUGGCGAAGAAGUUAAAGCAUCAAUAAACUUCUUGCUGUAAUAAUGAUAAACUAUAAAAAAUAU